GGUUGGUCGCGGGGGAAGGCAUCAUGGCGGCGCCGCGGCGGUAGAGGAUGUUUUUGCAGUGCAUAACCUCCCGAUUCUUGAGCUGUAGCAACAUUCCUCAUCUGUAGAAUCUGCAGUUAUUUGGAUUACGCCAUGUCAGGAACGGGGUCUGUCCUCCAGCAGUUCAUCAGCGGGCUGAAGAGCCGCAGCGAGGAAGUCCGGGCGAAAUCAGCCAAGGACUUGCAGCACUAUGUCACCACUGAGCUGCGCGAGGUCAGUCAAGAGGAGGCCACCUCUUUCUACGAUGAAUUGAACCACCAUAUAUUCGAACUUGUGUCUAGUUCCGAUGUGAAUGAAAGGAAAGGAGGAAUUCUGGCAAUUGUGAGUCUCAUUGGAGUUGAAGGAGGAAAUGCCACUCGAAUUACACGGUUUGCCAAUUACUUACGGAACCUGCUUCCGUCCAGUGACCCAGUUGUUAUGGAAAUGGCUUCCAAAGCCAUGGGCCGUCUUUCCAUGGCUGGUGACACCUUCACUGCUGAAUAUGUUGAGUUUGAAGUAAAACGUGCUCUGGAAUGGCUGGGAGCAGAUAGGAAUGAGGGGAGACGGCAUGCUGCGGUUUUGGUGUUGCGUGAGUUGGCAGUUAGUGCACCCACAUUCUUCUUUCAGCAAGUGCAACCUUUUUUCGAUAACAUCUUCUUUGCAGUCUGGGACUCCAAGCAGGCCAUCAGGGAAGGUGCUGUGUCUGCCUUACGAGCCUGCCUGAUUCUCACAACUCAACGGGAGACCAAAGAAAUGCAAAAGCCCCAAUGGUACAGGCAAACCUUCGAAGAAGCUGAGAAAGGGUUCGAUGAGACCUUGGCCAAAGAGAAAGGCAUGAACCGAGAUGAUCGUAUACACGGUGCUCUGCUUAUUCUAAAUGAACUGAUUCGAAUAAGCAGCAUGGAGGGCGAACGUCUGCGAGAGGAAAUGGAAGAAAUCACUCAACAACAGCUGGUCCAUGACAAGUACUGCAAGGAGAUGAUGGGAUUCGGAACCAAGCCGCGGCACAUCACACCCUUCACCAGCUUCCAGUCCGUGCAGCCCCAACAGUCAAACGCUCUUCUGGGACUUCUGGGCUACAGCAUGCAUCAAGGCAUUCUGGGAUUCGGAGCCACCCCAGUCCCAGCCAAGCCAACACUCGUGGAAAGCCGAUACUGCCGGGAACUGAUGGAAGAGAGGUUUGAGCAGGUCUGUCGCUGGGUGCUGAAAUAUCGAACAAGCAAGAAUCCACUGAUACAGAUGACCAUCCUAAACCUGCUUCCCCGCCUUGCAGCUUUCCAGCCUCAUUUAUUCACAGAGCAGUAUCUGGUUGAUACCAUGAACCAUCUCCUUGGUUGCCUCAAGAAGGAGAAGGAGCGCACAGCUGCCUUUCAGGCCUUGGGGCUGCUGGUGGUUGCUGUGAGAGGAGACAUUCAGCCGUACCUGCAACGGAUUCUGGAGAUCAUUAAAGGAGCCCUCCCACCAAAGGAUUUUGCACACAAGAGACAAAAAGCUGUUCAAGUGGAUGCAACAGUCUUUACCUGUAUCAGUAUGCUGGCGAGGGCCAUGGGGCCAGGGAUUCAGCAGGACAUUAAAGAGCUACUGGAACCAAUGCUUGCUGUUGGACUCAGCCCUGCUCUGACAGCUGUGCUGUAUGACCUGAGCCGUCAGAUCCCACAGCUGAAGAAGGAUAUCCAGGACGGGUUGCUGAAGAUGCUGUCACUGGUGCUGAUGCAUAAACCUCUUCGACAUCCAGGCAUGCCCAAAGGCCUCGCCCACCAGCUUGCCUCCCCCAGUCUGACCAACAUUCCCGAAGCUGGCGAUGUGGGAAGCAUAACUCUUGCUCUCCGCACACUGGGGAGCUUUGAAUUUGAGGGUCACUCGCUCACCCAGUUUGUCAGACAUUGUGCUGACCAUUUCCUCAAUAGUGAACACAAAGAGAUCCGAAUGGAGGCAUCCCGUACCUGCUCCCGACUCUUGACUCCAUCAAUCCAUCUCAUCAGUGGACACGGCCAUGUAGUUAGCCAGACAGCUGUCCAGGUUGUGGCAGAUGUGCUCAGUAAACUACUCGUCGUCGGAAUUACUGAUCCAGAUCCGGAUAUUCGCUAUUGUGUUCUGGCCUCUUUGGAUGAACGGUUUGAUGCCCACUUAGCCCAGGCAGAGAACCUACAGGCACUCUUUGUGGCGCUGAACGAUGAGGUGUUUGAAAUCCGAGAGCUGGCGAUCUGCACUAUUGGGAGGCUCAGUAGCAUGAACCCAGCCUUCGUGAUGCCGUUCCUUCGCAAAAUGCUGAUACAGAUUUUAACCGAACUGGAGCACAGUGGGGUAGGGAGAAACAAAGAGCAGAGUGCCCGAAUGUUGGGUCACCUGGUUUCAAAUGCACCGCGCCUUAUCCGACCGUACAUGGAGCCUAUUCUCAAGGCCUUAAUCGUAAAACUGAAGGAUCCUGACCCUAACCCUGGUGUAAUCAUCAGUGUCCUGGCUACAAUUGGGGAACUUGCCCAGGUGAGUGGGCUGGAGAUGAGGAAGUGGAUGGAUGAGCUUUUUCCCAUCAUAAUGGACAUGCUACAGGACUCUUCAUCACUUGCCAAAAGACAGGUGGCACUGUGGACCCUUGGACAGCAAGUUGCCAGCACUGGCUAUGUGGUUGAGCCGUACAGAAAGUACCCUUCUCUGCUCGAAGUUCUAUUGAAUUUUCUAAAGACUGAACAAAACCAGGGUAUCCGAAGAGAGGCUAUCCGGGUCUUGGGGCUGCUCGGUGCCUUAGAUCCGUACAAACACAAAGUCAACAUUGGGAUGAUAGAUCAAUCACGAGAUGCUUCCGCUGUCAGUCUGUCUGAGUCCAAAUCCAGCCAGGAUUCAGCUGAUUACAGCACCAGUGAAAUGCUGGUGAAUAUGGGGAAUCUGCCACUGGAUGAGUUUUACCCAGCUGUUGCCAUAGUGACCCUCAUGCGCAUCCUGCGAGAUGCCUCUCUGUCAAACCACCACACUAUGGUGGUCCAGGCAGUCACCUUCAUCUUCAAGUCUCUGGGUUUGAAGUGCGUCCAGUUCUUGCCUCAAGUCAUGCCCACGUUCCUGAACGUCAUCCGAGUCUGCGACGCCAAUACCAGAGAGUUCUUGUUUCAGCAGCUGGGAAUGCUCGUUUCAUUCGUGAAAAUUCACAUCCGACCCUAUAUGGAUGACAUUUUCAGCCUCAUCAAAGAAUAUUGGACACUGAACAACCCGAUGCAAAACACCAUCAUCCUGGUUAUUGAGCAGAUUGUGGUUGCGCUGGGAGGAGAGUUCAAGCUGUAUCUGCCUCAGUUGAUUCCUCAUAUGUUGCGGGUUUUCAUGCAUGACAACAGUGGAGGUCGCAGUGUUACUAUCAAGUUACUAAAUGCAAUUCAACUCUUCGGAGCUAACCUGGAUGAUUACCUACAUCUGCUGCUUCCCCCAAUAGUCAAACUAUUUGAUGGACAGGAAGUUCCGCUGGUGCCUAGAAGGGUUUCCCUGGAGACUCUGGAUCGUUUGACAGAAUCUCUGGACUUCACAGACUACGCGUCGAGGAUCAUCCACCCAAUUGUACGCACACUGGAUCUCACUCCAGAAUUACGUCAGACUUCCAUGGAUACCCUCUCAUCGUUGGUAUUCCAGCUCGGGAAAAAGUAUCAGAUAUUUAUCCCUAUGGUGAACAAGGUGAUGAUCCGACACAGGAUAAACCACCAACGCUAUGAUGUGUUGAUCUGUCGCAUCGUGAAGGGUUAUACUUUGGCUGAAGAAGAGGAAGACCCUAUCAUUUUCCAACACCGAAGUUUACGGGGCAAUCAUGGUGACACCCUCUCCAGUGGGCCAGUGGAGACUGGGCCUAUGAAGAAAUUGCAUGUUAGCACCACUAACCUUCAGAAGGCCUGGGGAGCGGCCAGGAGAGUCUCGAAAGAUGACUGGAUGGAAUGGCUGAGGCGACUGAGUGUGGAACUGCUUAAAGAAUCCCCAUCACCUGCUCUCCGCUCCUGCUGGUCCCUGGCUCAGGCCUACAAUCCCCUAGCUAGGGACCUGUUUAACGCAGCUUUCCUGUCCUGUUGGUCCGAACUGCAUGAGGCACAGCAGGAUGAGCUGAUCCGAAGCAUUGAGCAAGCACUCACCUCCCAGGACAUUGCAGAAGUCACCCAGACACUGCUGAAUCUGGCAGAGUUCAUGGAGCACAGUGACAAGGGUCCUCUACCGCUGAGAGAUGACAAUGGCAUCGUACUCCUUGGAGAAAGAGCAGCAAAAUGCCGUGCAUAUGCCAAAGCCUUGCACUACAAGGAGCUGGAGUUCCAGAAAGGCCCCAACCCUGCAAUCCUCGAGUCACUCAUCAGCAUCAACAACAAGCUUCAGCAGCCCGAGGCAGCCGCUGGUGUGCUGGAAUAUGCCAUGAAACACUUUGGGGAGCUGGAGAUCCAAGCAACGUGGUAUGAGAAGCUUCACGAAUGGGAAGAUGCUUUAGUAGCUUAUGACAAGAAGAUGGACAUGAACAAGGACGACCCUGAGCUGGUGCUCGGACGGAUGCGCUGCUUGGAAGCCCUCGGAGAAUGGGGCCAGCUCCAUCAGCAGUGCUGUGAGAAAUGGACGGUGGUUUGUGAGGACACACAAGCAAAGAUGGCCAGAAUGGCUGCAGCAGCAGCAUGGGGACUGGGUCACUGGGACAGUAUGGAGGAAUACACGUGUAUGAUCCCAAGAGACACCCAUGAUGGCGCCUUCUACAGAGCAGUGCUGGCUUUGCAUCAAGACCUUUUCUCUUUAGCCCAACAGUGCAUUGACAAAGCCAGGGACCUGCUGGACACAGAGCUGACUGCCAUGGCUGGGGAGAGCUACAGCCGUGCUUACGGAGCCAUGGUAUCCUGUCAGAUGCUUUCAGAACUGGAAGAGGUCAUUCAGUAUAAGCUGGUACCUGAGCGCAGGGAGAUCAUUCGACAGACCUGGUGGGAACGGCUUCAGGGCUGCCAGCAGAUAGUCGAAGACUGGCAGCGAAUCCUUAUGGUCCGUUCUCUGGUCAUCGGGCCGCACGAGGACAUGAGGACGUGGCUGAAGUAUGCAAGUCUAUGUGGCAAGAGUGGUCGUUUGGCUCUGGCGCAUAAGACCCUGGUGCAGUUACUGGGUGUGGAUCCUUCUAAACAUCUGGAUCAGCCUCUUCCAACCGUUCAUCCUCACGUCACCUACGCCUACAUGAAGUAUAUGUGGAAGAGUUCACGCAAGAUCGAGGCGUUCCAGCACAUGCAGCACUUUGUGCAGAACAUGCAGCAGCAAGCGCAGCAUGCCAUCGCAGCGGAGGAACAGCAGCACAAGCAGGAACUGCACAAGCUCAUGGCGAGAUGUUUCCUGAAGUUGGGAGAGUGGCAGCUGAACCUGCAGGGGAUCAAUGAGAGCACAAUACCUAAAGUCCUGCAGUACUAUAGCGCUGCUACAGAACAUGACCGUAACUGGUACAAGGCGUGGCACGCCUGGGCCGUGAUGAACUUCGAAGCCGUGCUCCACUACAAGCAUCAGAAUCAGGCUCGCGACGACAAGAAGAAGCUGAGGCAUCCCAGCGGGGCCAGUGCUAACAGCGAGGCCAGUAACAGUGAGAGCGAGGGCGACAGCAAUGAAACCAGCCCCGUGUCAUCCCCUGUACAGAAGAAAGUCAACGAGGAUCUGUCAAAGACCUUACUCCUCUACACGGUGCCUGCCGUUCAGGGCUUUUUCCGUUCCAUUGCCCUGUCCAGAGGCAACAACUUGCAGGAUACUCUGCGAGUUCUCACGUUAUGGUUUGACUAUGGACACUGGCCUGAUGUGAAUGAAGGUCUGGUUGAGGGGAUCAAAACCAUUCAGAUUGACACUUGGCUGCAGGUGAUCCCACAGCUCAUCGCCCGCAUUGACACUCCUCGAGCGCUGGUUGGGCGGCUUAUUCACCAGCUCCUCACCGACAUCGGCAGGUACCACCCUCAGGCUCUGAUUUACCCGCUCACCGUGGCCUCCAAAUCCACCACCCCCGCCAGGCACAGCGCUGCCAACAAGAUCCUGAAAAACAUGUGUGAACACAGCAACACACUGGUACAGCAGGCCGUGAUGGUGAGUGAGGAGCUGAUCCGCGUGGCUAUCCUGUGGCAUGAAAUGUGGCACGAGGGCCUGGAGGAGGCUUCAAGGCUUUACUUUGGAGAGAGAAAUGUGAAGGGGAUGUUUGCUGUCCUCGAGCCCCUCCACGCGAUGAUGGAGCGCGGGCCACAGACCCUGAAAGAAACCUCCUUUAACCAGGCGUACGGCAGAGACUUGAUGGAGGCUCAGGAAUGGUGUCGGAAAUAUAUGAGAUCAGGCAACGUGAAGGAUCUAACCCAGGCCUGGGAUCUCUACUACCAUGUGUUCCGUCGCAUUUCAAAGCAGCUGCCACAGCUCACGUCUCUGGAACUGCAGUACGUGUCGCCCAAACUGCUCAUGUGCCGAGACUUAGAGUUGGCUGUACCCGGGACUUACGAUCCCAACCAACCGAUCAUCCGCAUUCAGUCCAUCGCCCCCUCGCUGCAGGUCAUCACUUCCAAACAGCGACCAAGGAAGCUGACUAUCAUGGGAAGCAACGGGCACGAGUUCAUGUUUCUGCUGAAGGGACACGAGGACCUCCGUCAGGACGAGCGAGUGAUGCAGCUCUUUGGUUUGGUCAACACGCUGCUGGCGAAUGACCCCGCCUCUCUGCGCAAGAACCUCAGUAUUCAGAGGUACGCUGUCAUUCCUCUGUCCACCAAUUCGGGGCUGAUUGGCUGGGUCCCACACUGCGACACACUACACGCCCUCAUCAGGGAUUACAGGGAGAAGAAAAAAAUCCUGUUGAACAUCGAGCAUCGCAUCAUGUUGAGGAUGGCUCCUGACUACGAUCAUCUGACCCUGAUGCAGAAGGUGGAGGUGUUUGAGCAUGCUGUGAACAACACCGCUGGCGAUGACCUGGCCAAGCUGCUUUGGCUGAAAAGCCCCAGCUCCGAGGUGUGGUUUGACCGAAGAACCAAUUACACCCGUUCUUUAGCUGUGAUGUCAAUGGUGGGCUACAUCCUCGGAUUGGGAGACAGACACCCCUCAAACCUGAUGCUGGACAGACUUAGCGGGAAAAUCUUACACAUUGACUUUGGUGACUGUUUUGAGGUUGCUAUGACCAGGGAAAAGUUUCCAGAGAAAAUCCCCUUCAGACUGACCAGAAUGUUAACCAACGCUAUGGAGGUGACGGGGUUGGACGGGAACUAUCGUAUCACGUGCCACACUGUGAUGGAGGUGCUCCGGGAGCACAGAGAUAGCGUGAUGGCUGUGCUCGAGGCCUUUGUGUACGACCCACUGCUGAACUGGAGGCUCAUGGACACAAAUAUUAAAGGAAUCAAACGUUCCAGGACCAGGACAGACUCUUACUCAACUAGUCAGUCAGUCGAAAUCCUGGAUGGAGUGGAGCUUGGAGAACCAACUCAUAAGAAACCAGGAACCACAGUACCUGAGUCCAUCCAUUCUUUCAUUGGAGAUGGGUUGGUGCAGCCAGAGGCUCUGAAUAAAAAAGCUAUUCAAAUCAUUAACCGCGUCAGAGACAAGCUCACUGGUCGUGACUUUGCACAUGAUGAGACACUAGACGUCCCCACUCAGGUCGAGCUGCUGAUUAAACAGGCCACAUCUCAUGAGAAUUUGUGUCAGUGCUACAUUGGAUGGUGUCCCUUCUGGUGAAAGUGUUUGAAAAGUGCCGGAGCCUGUCUCACGGAUGAAUGUGAAUUCUUGUAGAUAAGAUAGAUUUAUUCCAAAAUGGGCUUGGACCUGGCAUCCAAAUCAUCGCCUAGAACUGCCUGUGCUCACGUCAAUCAAUGGUCUCCAGCCUGUGACACUCUCAGAUGCAUCUACCUCCUGAGAAUCUCCAGCCGAGCAUUGUAACUUUCGCAAACACACACACACAAAAGCAGCAGUUGUGCUGGAAGACUGUUCCUCAUUUGGACACAUCGAGCCCUCAUAUAGAGUUGAAGAUCAAUGGUCCAAAUGAUCAAGGAAAUUCCUAGCAGUGAGCUAAACUCGCCCACGUAAGCUGAUCACACUGAAACGAUAGAUCUCAUAAUUACUGAAAGACUAUUGAAUAUGAAUUCCUUAUGCUGGUGUGAUGUAUAACGCCAAUAAAGAUGUCUAUCCAGAA